AUGAGCUCUCAAAACAACGCUGAACGCAAGAGAAGAAGAAACAGCGAUGUCCAUGCUGCCAGUGGUGCUGGUGAGGAUGACGCCCACAGUAAUUCUCCUGGACCCUCCUCCAUGUUCCCAUCAUCUCCUGCUCCCUUCUUUUCUGAGGCAGAGUACAGAAACGAAGCUGAGGAAGAGGAUCUCAUUGAUAAUGCUUUUGCUGACGACGAUGACAUUAACAACUCUGAUAAUGGCGAUAUCGAUAUCUUCCAAGAUGCUGAAAGAGAUUACGCUGACAACGAGAGAUUGGAUAAUUAUGAGCAAGAGGGUGUCGAUGAUACGCACUACGAACCCCUGGAUAUUGGAGCUCGUAACGCAUUGGAUAACAACCUGAACAGACGUGAUGUAGAGAUCAGAAGAAGAGAAGGCCGUGUUGCAGGUGCUUUCAUCUACGGCUUGGAUGAUGAUGCAAAUGACACUCAACCUGCUGUCAGAAGACAUCGUCAUAUCUACGAGGCACAAGAGCUUGAUCAAGAUGAGGAUGGUGUUCCUGAAAUGUCACUCAGUGAUCUUCGAAACAUGAAGGAUUCUUCCAUUGCUGUAUGGAUCACCAGAGAGGCAGUGCGUCGUGGUAUCAAGCGUGAAUUCAAGGAUUUCUUGCAAACCUAUGUAGAUGAACACGGUACAUCUGUGUAUGGUGAGCGUAUCAGAGAUAUGGGUGAGCGUAACAAGGAGUCAUUUGAAGUGAAUUACGAGAAUUUGGCAGACAGCAAAAUCAUCUUGGCCUACUAUCUAUCCAACUCACCCAUCGCCAUGCUGAAGAUUCUCGAUGAAGUCGCAUUGGAAGUCACCUUGUUGCAGUUCCCUGCGUACGAACGCAUUCACCGUGAAAUCCAUGUCCGUAUCACUGAUUUGCCUGUCAAGAACACAUUGCGCGAGUUGAGACAAUCUCAAUUGAACUGCUUGAUCCGUGUAUCUGGUGUAGUCACUCGCCGUACUGGUGUAUUCCCUCAAUUGAAGUGGGUCAAGUUUAACUGUGGUAAAUGUAACCACCUGUUGGGUCCCUUUUAUCAAGACAUUCACAACGAGAUCAAGAUCAACACAUGUCCCAGUUGUCAAAGCAAAGGUCCCUUCAAUGUCAACAUGGAACAGACUGUCUAUCGUAACUAUCAAAAGCUGACAAUUCAAGAAUCACCAGGCACUGUUCCUCCUGGUCGUUUGCCUCGCCAUAGAGAAGUGAUUUGUCUGUGGGAUUUGAUCGAUCAAGCCAAGCCUGGUGAAGAGAUUGAGGUCAUUGGUGUCUAUCGUAACAAUUUCGAUGCCUCGCUCAGUACCAAAAACGGCUUCCCUGUAUUCGCCACCAUCAUUGAAGCCAAUUUCAUCAACAAGAAGGAAAACAUGUUUGCAGCCUACAGAUUGACCGAGGAUGACACAAAGCAAAUUUUAGCAAUGGGUAAAGACAAGCGUAUCGGCAAAAAGAUCAUGAAGAGUAUUGCACCUUCCAUCUACGGACACGACGACAUCAAGCGCGCUAUCGCUUUGGCCAUGUUUGGUGGUGUCCCCAAGAACAUUCAGGGCAAGCAUAUCAUUCGUGGCGAUAUCAAUAUCUUGAUGUUGGGUGAUCCAGGUACUGCCAAGUCGCAAUUUUUAAAGUAUGUGGAAAAGACAGCCCAUCGUGCAGUCUAUACAACCGGUCAAGGUGCAAGUGCUGUCGGUUUGACCGCUUCAGUUCACAAGGAUCCCAUCACCCGUGAAUGGACAUUGGAAGGUGGUGCGCUUGUGCUGGCUGAUCGUGGUGUUUGUUUGAUUGAUGAGUUUGACAAGAUGAAUGAUGCUGAUCGUACUUCUAUUCACGAAGCCAUGGAGCAGCAAUCCAUCUCAAUCUCCAAGGCUGGUAUUGUUACUACAUUGCAAGCUAGAUGCUCUGUCUUGGCUGCUGCUAAUCCUAUCCGUGGUCGCUACAACUCCUCCAUUCCAUUCUCUCAAAAUGUUGAGUUGACAGAGCCUAUUCUCUCUCGUUUUGAUGUGCUCUGUGUCGUCAAGGAUUUGGUAGAUCCUGAACAAGAUCACAUCUUGGCCACCAAUGUCAUUGGGAGUCAUCUUCGCAGCCAUCCCCUUCACAACGACGCAGAUCAGAAAUUCGCCCAGCCCAAAGACAACGAUGCCGACAUCAUCAACCAAGACUUGCUCAAGAAAUACAUCAUGUACGCCCGUGAAAAGAUUCAACCCAAACUGCAACAAGUGGAUGAGGACAAAUUGUCGCGUCUCUAUUCUGAAUUGAGAAGAGAAUCACUCGCUAGUGGCAGUAUCCCUAUUACAGUGCGUCAUCUUGAAUCCAUGAUUCGUCUCGCUGAAGCACACGCCAAGAUGCACUUGAGAGAGUAUGUUCGUUCAGACGAUGUGGAUAUGGCCAUUCGUGUAGCAUUGGACAGUUUCAUCAGCGCACAAAAGUUCAGUAUGAUGAAGGUGCUUCGCAGACGUUUCAUGAAGUUUAUCAGAAACUCGCGUGAUGACCAUGAAUUGCUAUUUGCCACAUUGGACGAUAUCUGUGUGGAGAAGCGUAAACUGUAUCAACUUCGCUACAGACGACUCCCUACCGAGGUGACCAUCACUAUUUCAGAAUUUGAAAACAAGGCCAAGGCAUUAAACAUCCAAGACGUGCAAUCAUUCUUCCACUCUGAGCAAUUUGAAAGCAACAGAUACACGUUGAACUCUAGUCAGGGCUUGAUUGUCAAGCACUACAGCUAA